AUGAAGUCGAUGAUCUUCAUUGUGUUGGCGGUGCACAAUGCCCUGGCUUAUCAUGAUCCUGAUCUAAACUACCACUUAAGCCAGGUUCAGAAAGUGUCAAACUGUGACAAUGGAUAUUCAUACGCUGCGCCCGCGGUGCAGUUGACUACGACCGGCGUCAAGGCUGUCGCACCUGCGCCAGCUAUCAUUUCUCAACCCAUUAUAUCUGCACCUGCAUACCAGUACUCGGGAAGUUCAGGUUACUCCUCUAGUGGAAGCUCGAGCUACUCCAGCGGUGGGGGCUCAGGAUAUUCAACUGGAAUAACAUACCAGUCAGCAGCACCACAAAUAACUUAUGCAGCACAACCAGCAGCCACUUAUCAGACUUCAUCGCUCGCUUCCAACUACAACAACUACGCUGCUCAAGGAUAUACCACGAAGGAAGUCCACGGAUACGCAACCUCUGCGGGACUCUCAUCAGCUGCUUCAAGUGGAAAAACUGUGACACCACUCGCAACAUACGCUCAAGCCCCAAUCAUUGCUAAAGUGACAGCAGCUCCAUUGAUCGCAAAGUUCUCGUUAUCUCCUGCUAAGACUACAUACACACAGAACUUGGUAUCACAACAAGCUUAUUCAACUGGAUCAUUGGCAAAAGCGUCUCUUAACUCGUACAGCAACAUACAAACGGGAGGGCCAGUGGUGUCCCAGGUCUACGCUGCUCCUUCUGCUGGGUACGCGACAUCGCCUGCCUUGAAAGUGCAGCAGUCGCAGAUUGUGGGAGGGCACUACACAGCAGUGGCAGCACCUGCAGUUGCACAGUACGCCCAGUACAGUCAGGCUCCAGUGGCAUCAGUUAGUUACGCAGCGCCAUCAGUGUCACAAUAUUCAAGCUCUUCUGUGUCUCACGCAUCGGCUCCAUCUUCAAGCUACUUUACCCCGGCCCAGCACGGUGCAGUGGUUAGUCAGUACUCGUCUCCGGUAGUGGCACAACACGUACAGUACGCUGCGCCAGUGGUCGCGCAGUACUCGGCUCCAGCCGUAGUGCAGCACUCAGUGCCGGCUGUGGCUCAGUACUCAGCACCGGCUGUGACUCAGUACUCAGCGCCAGCAGUGGCUCAUUACUCUACGCCAGCAGCAACAUCAGUGAGUCAGUACUCGAGUACCCCCGUGAGUGUGGCCCACGUCUCUUCGCCCGCCUACACUGCAGUGGCCGCUCCUGCAGUUGCCAAGGUCGCAGCAGCACCCCUCGCCGUCAAGAAUGUUCACACUGAAUUCUUAGAGAACUAUGACGCCCACCCGCGGUAUGCUUUCGAAUACAGUGUCAAUGACCCCCACACUGGUGACAUCAAGCAACAAAAAGAAGAAAGAGACGGAGAAGUCGUCAAGGGUCAGUAUUCGCUGGUGGAGCCCGACGGCUCGGUGCGGACGGUGAACUACGUUGCUGACUGGGAGACUGGUUUCCACGCCGACGUUCGCAACAGCAAAGACAAUCAACAUUAAAAAUACGAAUAUAAUUCGGACAGGCACCACGACCCAGUCGAAUACAUGCCUUAUUCGGUCUGACCACAUGUUAUAGCCUAAAUUAGUGACCUAAAAGGUCCUAGGUAACUUAUGAUUGUAAAUAAAUUAGUAAAACGUAUAUAGAUUGGAUAAGGACGGAAGCCGAUAGCCUUGUCAGGGCAAGUAGGCAUGUUGAGCAAAAAAAUGUGAUUUGUGUCAAUCAAAGGGAAAUUCAGCUAAUACCUAUUUGCUAAGCUUUUUAGUUUCGUAGGUAAGUUAAUAUUAUCAUUUAUGUUUAAUUAUUGGGUACCACUACUGAAUACUCGUUAAAUUAUGUAUGUAUUUUUCGGACCUUUCGGAUAUUUCAGACCGAGGUUGUUUGAAAUUCAGAAUUAGGUACAGCCUACCUAGUCACAUCAAACACGAUUGACCUACUACUUAAUUAUAAUAUACCUAAUAUUAUUAUAAAAAAAAUAUUAGCGUAUCCUUCAUUCAAAUCAUGUCAUAAGUGCCAUUAAAUUUUAUUUUUCCAACAGC